AUGUGUGUAGGUAGUAAUGUCGAGGAGUUAUCGAAUGGGAACGAUGAUCGUGCGAGAGAAAUUGAUUUUGGAUGGUUGCCUUCUUUUCCCCAUGCUUUGAUAGCAUCCAUGGCUAAUUUUCUCUUUGGCUAUCAUAUUGGACUCAUGAAUGGCCCUAUUGUAUCAGUGGCACGAGAACUUGGUUUUGAGGGGAACUCUAUGAUAGAGGGCCUUGUAGUGAGCAUAUUUAUUGUUGGUGCCUUUAUUGGGAGUCUCGUUUCUGGAUCUUUGGUUGAUAAAUUUGGUUGUCGGCGCACACUUCAAAUCGACACUGUUCCGUUGAUUACUGGUGUUAUUUUGAGUGCACAAGCACACUCUGUUAAUGAAGUACUUUGGGGAAGAUUUCUUGUGGGUCUUGGUAUUGGGGUGAACACAGUUCUUGUGCCAAUAUACAUAUCAGAGAGCCGUUAUCAGCUGUAUCUGAUGCAAUCAUUGGAGAUUUGGAGUUCUCCUUUGGGCUUAAUAAAAGUAGUGAGUUUGAUAGCUGAGUUCAACACUUUGAAACUUUUGACAUCUUUGUUAAGAUUCCAAAGGGUUGCUCGGACAACGAAAUACAGGGGAUCUUUGGUAUCACUGUGCCAGAUUGGCACUUGUCUUAGGAUCAUAGCCUCAUUGUUUAUAGCGAUUCCAGCAGAAAAUGAUCCACACUGGUAA